AGGAAAACGCGAGAAGAGGAAGAUCGAGAGAAAAAAAAGGAGAUCAAAGCGAGCACCCAGAGAAAAAGGCAGAUCCAGAUAAAGCAAGGAGGGCCCUUAGGAAGGGGCGAAAACAGAGAGGGCAAGGAAACUUAAAAGAGAGCGGGAAGAGAAGAACUAAAGGAGGACUGAAGUGCGUCGGACUGGCUCAUGGUCCUCAGUGCUGGGGGGAGGCUGGGGGCGGGGCCUGAGACAAGUGCCGUGCGAACAACGAAUCCCCCCCCCUUACUUCCGACGCAGGAUGGUCGCGCCCGACGGCGGCGGCCAAUGGGCGAUCCGGAUGUUGGAGCGGCGGUGGCGGUCGGGGUUGCUCGCUGGCUGGGGGUAGGCGGCCGCCGCCAUGAUGCUUGUUUGCUUUCAAUGAAAACGAGGGGGGCGCGGAGGAGGAGGCGUCGGCGUCGGUGGCGGCGGCGUCGACGGCGCGGAGGCGAAAGCGGUGGCGGCGACGGGCGCAGCGAGGAGGGCGAGGCCGGGGGCCGAGACAGCGGGAGGGCGUAGUGGCGGCCGGUCGGGGCGGCGGAGGCGGGCAGCUUGAAGCGGUGGCGCUCGGAGGGGGAACAAAGAGCGGCGGCUGAGGCGGCAAACGAGCGGCGGCGGCGGCGCUGCAGCAGCGGGCGGGACUGGUAUGGUGGUUCCACAGGUCAGACCCCGCUGCGCUCACAGGGAGGAGGCGGCGGCGGCGGCGGCGGCGGCGGCGGCGGCGGAGGAAGGCGUCGCUCCUCGAGAGGCAUGCCCAAAGAAAAAUACGAGCCACCUGACCCUCGGAGGAUGUACACAAUUAUGUCCUCUGAGGAAGCAGCAAAUGGAAAGAAAUCACAUUGGGCAGAGCUUGAAAUAAGUGGAAAUGUAAGAAGCUUAAGCUCAUCUUUGUGGUCACUGACUCACUUGACAGCUUUGCAUCUGAGUGACAAUUCCCUGUCCCGCAUUCCUUCAGACAUUGCCAAGCUUCACAAUCUGGUGUAUCUGGACCUGUCUUGUAAUCAAAUCCGUAGUUUACCGGCAGAACUCGGAAACAUGGUAUCACUCAGGGAGCUCCGUUUAAAUGACAACCAGUUACGAGUUCUACCUUUUGAGCUGGGAAAACUGUUUCAGUUGCAAACACUAGGCCUGACAGGAAAUCCACUUACCCAGGAUAUAUUGAACCUCUAUCAGGAACCAGAUGGAACAAGAAGGCUACUGAAUUACUUGCUUGAUAAUUUGUCAGGUACUGCAAAAAGAAUUUCAACAGAACAACCACCUCCAAGAUCUUGGAUUAUGUUACAAGAACCAGACAGAACAAGGCCAACUGCCUUGUUUUCUGUCAUGUGCUAUAAUGUUCUUUGUGAUAAAUAUGCGACCCGGCAGUUAUACGGCUACUGUCCAUCAUGGGCACUAAAUUGGGACUACAGGAAAAAGGCCAUUAUUCAAGAAAUCUUCAGCUGCAAUGCUGAUAUUAUAAGUCUUCAGGAGGUUGAAACGGAACAGUAUUAUAAUUUUUUCCUGGUAGAACUGAAAGAACGUGGCUAUAAUGGGUUCUUUAGUCCUAAAUCACGAGCUAGGACAAUGUCAGAACAAGAAAGAAAACAUGUUGAUGGCUGUGCAAUAUUCUUCAAGACAGAAAAAUUUACUUUGGUUCAGAAACAUACUGUUGAAUUUAAUCAGCUAGCAAUGGCAAAUUCAGAAGGGUCUGAAGCUAUGCUGAAUAGAGUCAUGACAAAAGAUAACAUUGGAGUUGCAAUAUUGCUAGAACUUCGAAAGGAGUUGAUUGAAAUGUCAUCUGGCAAACCACAUCUUGGAACAGAAAAACAACUUAUUCUUGUGGCUAAUGCUCAUAUGCAUUGGGACCCUGAAUACUCUGAUGUGAAGUUGGUACAAACUAUGAUGUUCCUCUCAGAAGUGAAGAACAUUAUUGAUAAAGCCUCGCGAAGUCUCAAAUCCAGUGUGUUGGGAGAAUUUGGAACCAUUCCACUUGUCUUAUGUGCAGAUCUGAAUUCUUUGCCAGAUUCUGGUGUUGUAGAAUAUUUGAGCACUGGUGGAGUAGAAACAAAUCAUAAAGAUUUUAAGGAACUGAGAUAUAAUGAAAGUCUUACAAACUUCAGCUGCAAUGGGAAGAAUGGAAUGACCAAUGGAAGAAUCACUCACGGUUUCAAGUUAAAGAGUGCCUAUGAGAGUGGUCUGAUGCCUUACACGAAUUACACAUUUGAUUUCAAGGGUAUAAUUGACUACAUCUUUUAUUCUAAACCUCAGCUAAACACUUUAGCCAUCUUGGGACCUCUGGACCACCAUUGGCUAGUUGAGAAUAACAUCACCGGCUGCCCACAUCCACUCAUCCCCUCCGACCACUUCUCACUUUUUGCACAAUUGGAGCUCUUACUGCCUUUCCUGCCCCAAGUUAAUGGCAUUCAUCUUCCUGGCAGGAGGUAGUCAAGUACCUUCAGAGGACAACCUCAGUUUUACUUGCAAGCUCGUGAAAACCUGAAUAUAAGGGAGUGAGGUAUGGCCACUGGGGAUUUUUUGUAAUGAUGAUUUGAAUUUUCAGUCUGAUUAUUUGGUAUAAGGGUAUCAUAAGAAGCCAGGUGCUAGCAACAGACAAAUUCUGAGCCCAAUAUGCUUUAUAUACUGCUAGACAGGGAUUGGUGUGUUUGCACCUAUUUUUAAUUUGUUACAAGUAAUUUUCCUGUUUCUUCUAUCUAAUAUAAUAUUUUCAUGCCUUGAAAUAGGAAAAUGUUUGAACAGCAUAUUCUCUUUGCACAGAAAUCUGUAGCACUACUUUUUUUGAGGCCAGUAGUAACACCCAGAGACCAUUCUCCCAGACUUUACUCCCUCCUUUUUCAGACUUGUUUGUAAAAUAUAGAAUUUGAAUUUAGCCUUUAUGAUUGUAUAUGAUCCGCAGAGACCUGAUUUAUGAAAUUUUGUACUAAAAAAUCAGAUUUGAAAACAAUUGUAUUGUAAAUUAAGGCUAAUUUUUUUUAAACCUGUUUCCUGUGUUCUGAAGGCCAGCUUGUAAAAGAGUUGCAACAGACUUUCUCUGCAAUGAUUUGCACUGUUAGGGUUAUGUUAGCCCUUUUGUACUACUUUAUUUUUAAAUGGAGAACAUUGCUCUUUAAAUCUAAGUCUGCUUAGACCUUAGGACAUUUUCUUGGGCCAGAGGCAACUUAAAACUCAUGAAUUCAUGAAUUUUUAUGAAAACUAUCUACUAGGACAGAUAAGCUGAACAAUGAAUGAUCUGUAGGCAUUUAAGGACUGAACAUGAUAGUUAAUAUAUGUACAUUCUGAUAUUUUUAAGUCUAACUUUUUUAAGUUAUAAAAUUACAGCUGCUUGGUCCAGCUUAACUCCUUGUUGAGACACUUCCUGUCCUAUCUCCACUGUGCCUGCCUAACUUUGUUCUCACCGAGCACUGCCUGUGCAUGCAGAGAAAAUCUGUGCAUCUUCUUUUAUAUUUUUUAAAAACAUUUGUGAGAAUUUUAUGAAAAUGCUUUUGUAUGAGCUAUGGCUUUUUUCCCAUUGUGAAGCAUUGCAUAUCACAUUUUGGAGCGUGUACAUAGGGUGGGCCAUGAGACCCACGCACUGCUUCUAGGUGUCUCUGCACAGUGCUGUUUGUCACCAGAGUACUACUAUCAUGUGAGUUCUACUCGGUUGUCUGUAUAUUCCUUGUUCUCACGUUUUUUAAAUCAUUCCUUUUUUUUAAAGUAAUUUUCCAUUUAUGAAGCAGUAUAAAUAAUUGCAUUUUCAAAAUAGGUCCUUAAAGCAAUUCUUCAGAUCAUUUUUAACGUGACUAAGUCAUUUUAGUAUGUCAACCAAGAUAAAAGUUAUGUCAUACCCUGUAUUUUGCCCAUAGUGCCAUUAAUAGAUUAGAGAUGUAAAGUCAGCUUUAACUUUGCAAACUUAACGUGUGUAUCUUCUGUUUUCAUUCAUUGAUUCUCCCAAAUCAAAUGAAUUCAAAGGGAGUUUGGACUAACUGCUUUUGUUUCAACUGCAGGCAGGGGAGCAAAAGGACACCAUAUAAGCAUUAAGAAGAAAAAUUGUUGAAUGUUAUUAACAGUUUUUAUACAGAGGAGGAGUCAUUUUGGAUAAUGACUUAAAAUUUUAUGGAAAAUGUUCAGCACUUAAUGUGCUUAUUCUGUUUUUAGAGAAAAUAAAAUGACAUACUGUUUAAAUAAAUGAUUUUUUUUCUUUUCAAGAAAUUCUCAAAAGGUUUUGAUCUUCAGUCUGUCUGAGACUUGAUUUUUCCCUUUAAUUUUUUUUUUUUAGACUUUGUUGUAAUGGUGGGUUUUUGUUGUUUGUUUCGUUUUUGUUUUUCCUUAAAAUUGUUUUUGUGCUUUGUAUUUAAGUUGUGCUGACACCAAACACAUCCAGUUUAUAAUCAGUACAUUGGAAAGCUGGUAUUGCUGAUGUAGAACCAGUGCAUAAAUUCUUAUGGUCUUUUGUCUUAUUUUUUUGGUAAUGUGUGAAUUAAAGGUAUGUUUACUCGUUUUUCCUAAACACUGUGUUGGUAAUGUGCGUGCAUCAUGACGAUUUCCAGCCAGGGGAGCUGGGGGCUGGUUGGACUGAUGAGACUGAGGAAGCCGCUUUUCCUAUGGCCUGCAUUGUGGAGGCGCAGGUCCAGAGAGCUUGGGGGAAGGGGAGGGGGGGGAGAAGCACUUACUCGUUUGUAUUUGUUGGUGGAAGACAUACUCUUGCAUAGAUGCUGGAACUAGAGUGCACUUGUUAGAUGCUAAAGGUUUGAGCUUUACACAAGACGUUUUCAUCUGUAUUUGUUACUGUCUAUAUAUAUUUGAAUUUGGAGGCAGCAUAUUAAGAUAUAAUAGCCUGUUAUGUCUUGAAAAAUACUUGUUCUUGAUUCUUCCAGACAUUCUGUGGGUCAGUUUGAACAGCUUCUUCACCUUAUUUAGGUAAAUUGAACCGAGAAUGUUGAUUUAGAAAUAAAAUACUUGGAUGUAUAAAGAAUGGUCAGUCACACCAAAAUUGAAUGCUACUUUUGAAAGCAAGGUUUUAUGUUUUAAAUAUCUUCUGUGUCCUUGAAUAAUACCCAAUAAUCUUAUACUUCCUAAAAUGCAAUAAAAAACUAGUCUGUUCUCCAUGUAGAUUAUUUUUUGGAAAUUCUGUGAACAAUAUAUGAUGUAAUGUUUUUCUCUGAUGUGUUCUUACUGGAUAAAUCCAUCUUAGGAAUGAUUCCCAGGAAAUUUGGAAUAUGCUUUCUGUUUUGGAUAUAAGAAUUUGGAUCAUUCAGUUUCUUUGUAAAUCUUUUGAAGAACACUUUGCCAUAUUUGUGGUGAUUAUUUAUGCUUUGAGAAUUUAAAUAAUGCUCAUCAAAAUCAAAAUAUAUGGCAUGAUUUUACUGAACUUGUAAAAUUAAAUUGUUUAUUGCAAUUUUAAUAGUCCCAGAAGAUAGGCAAAGAACAUCUCCAAGAAAUGUGCUUUUUUUGUUUUUGAUUUGGUAACAACCAGGAAAACUUAGUUUGUGUUAGCACUUUGAAACCUAACGACAUCAUUAUUACCUUGGGUAGAAUGCAUUUCUGUUUCAAACCUCUUCUGAUUUACUUUUUCAACAUAACACUCAAGCUUUAAGAGUUCCACUUUUUUACUGUUUAAGUAUAGAGAAUUAGUUUCCAUUGUGACUUUCAAGGUUUGGUUGUCAUGUUGUAUAAGGAAAGACAAAAGUGAACCUAGGCAGACAGUUGGCAGUGGUGUGGUGGUGUAACUGGUCAAUCAUACUAUCCAGUACAGAUGUUGCAGGCAAUUCAGAGAAUGCUAUAUCGUAAGGAAAGUUGUGUCCCCCCAUCCCCCCCCCACCAUAAACAGUGUUUUAGGAUGUUCACUUUGCUCUUCUUUCUGGUUACAUAAAAUUUAAAAACCAGUAUGCUGAUGUGAUGUGUAAAAUAGAUAUCUAGUCUUUAUUCACAGUAUAUUGUAUCGUGCAGUGCACUGGACUGACUCUUUACCUUUCCUAACGAAACCCAGCACACUAUCUGCACCAAGCUCAAAGAAUGUCAAUUUGCCUAGGCAGCUCGUGGAUAAGGGUAAUGGAAACCCAAGUUUCUACCACGUGAACUGGUGGUAACAAGCGCUUUUACUGUUCUUUUCAGUGGAACCUUCUGGUCAAAUUGUAAUUAGCUAGUAUUAUAUUUAUAUGCAGGGUCUCUUUUCCUUACCGAUGUAUUUUCCUACUCAUAGCCAACCAAUAAAUUCAAUAUCUGUUUCAAA